AUGGAAUCUUCCCACGAGUUGCAAGCUUCCAAUAUGCAUUCAGUCAAGAAGAGCCUGAUGGACCUCCCGUCGGAAACAAUCGCGUUGAUACUGGAAAACGCCACCGACCAUGAUCUUGCGCAACUAUGUCGGGUGUCGAAGGCUGUCCGAGAACUAGCUGCGGCCGAGCUUUACCACAACCUCAAUCAUACAUUUAAUGAGGAUCCUGUCUCUCCAAAACUGAGUGUUGACUAUCUGGCUGGCUUGCUCGAGACAUUGGCAACGAGCGACUACAACUAUGCUGGACAUGUAAAAGAGGUGUUUGUGGAUACCGGAUAUGCGGCAGGGAAGGGCGAGCAGGCUUGUCGCCAGUUUUGCUAUGACUUGACCUGUGGAAAACUGCUCAACACAUUACUACUAGCAGCUCUAAAGCGAACGAAUUCGCUAGAAGGAUUUUAUUGGAAUGCUCGUAUUGAGCUGAGUACUCCGGUAUUCCUGGCAUUACAUCGGAUGCCCAACCUACGACGAGUGCACAUCCGACUUCAGGCUGGGCAGUCUUUGCAUUCAAUUCCCAAAACUGGCUCUGGUCCCAAUCAAUCUGGCACUUCUCUUAAUGCUAGUCCUAUUUCACCUGGAGUGCCACCCCCUGGACCACAUUCUCCCGGUGGUUAUGGGUAUGCACAGCCAAAUCCGCCUGGUAAUACGUUCCGCAUGGUUCCGAAAUUACCUGUAGCAAGACCAGUCGAACAAGCCUGCUCAUUUUCGGGGUUCAAAGGUCUUAAAUCUCUGUGUGCUCUCGAUAUGGACACGCUCGAAUACAUUCCAGAGAUUGCCGAGUGUGUCCGAAAUAGCCUUGAGACCCUGAAGACGCUUGAACUUUCUUUGUCAGAUUCGUUUGCUCGUCGAGCGCGUGAAAAGCCACGAGUCGAUGGUUCUGACGGUGCGACCUCUGACGACGCCUCAUCGGUGGACUCGCAACCCCUUGGUACAGGCGAUGAAGGUGCACCAGCGGGAGGAAAUCCGGAGCAGGUUAGGCAAUGGUACAAGACCCGACAGGAAGCCAUUUUGAGCAGAAUUUUCGCCCCUAAAUCCCCGAAGCUGGAUGCUAAAGCGAUUGAGAGUGCCGUUAAUGAGGUUGUAAUUCGAGCGGAGACCGAAGCACAGAAUGAGCUGGAUCGUGAUACUGAUGACAUGACCAAUGAUGCGGAGGAUAGAGAAUUUGUGAAGAUGAUGCGCACCAUUUUCCGUGAAGCGCGAUCAAAACAAGAGCCAUCGUCCAAGGGCUCAAAAGCUAUUGAGAAGAUUGAAAGGGCUGCAACUAAGUACUUGGAAGGUAAGGCAAGACCAGUGAACGAGCCAAAAUCGAAGCCGAAGAACAAAGCACCACUCAUCAAGAUCAAAACACCUAAACCACCCCCUCCCAGUUCGUGGCAGGUGCCUCCUCAGGCCAGCAGCAAUUACAAAUCAUACUCUGUGCACGAGGAUGUGCUUCUGGACUAUUUUGGCUUCAGCAAGGCAGCUUGGGAUCAAAUGACGGCUCAAACAAAGAACCAAUAUGUGCAGAACUAUUUCAAGGACACUCAAGGAGUUGGCUAUCAGCCCUAUCCUAUGCCCCCACCGCCACCUGGGAAGUCUACUGGCUACAACAAAGUGUAUUAUGCGAAUCCCAAUUCCGUCCCAGGCUAUGUGCCGCCGUCGAAAUAUAUCGUGAUCCCGCCAAAGAAAGUCAAGAAACCGCCAGCGCAAAAGCCGAAAUACGGUUCUGAUUCUGACGAGCAGGGCAAAACGCCAAAUCCCAUAAAAUCUGCUGGUACGGAAACUACGCUUGAUAAGGACCCUCCGACCGGCGCUGCUAAGAAAGACGAAGACCUCAGUGAGGAUUCCGAUCUCCAGUAUCCUAGUGGUGAUGAAGACGACGGCCCUGAUCAGGAAUUUGAGACAGAGAAUGAGGGUAGUGGCGAUGAAGAUAAAACGCCCAACGUAGAAAUGGAGGAAAUGCAGCUGGGAAUCAACGGUGUGCUCGAGCAGUCAGGCUUGUUGGGAGAAAAUGAAGGCCUAGAGGGCGGGGACACUCCAGUCACCAUCAACAAAGGCAAGCAAGCAGUGAGAGAUCCGCCAAAUGGCCACUUGACUCCACCUAAGCCGGCCUCACCGGAGGCAUUAGCGAUGCCCGAGAAGCAAGAAGAUCCAGUUUCAAGGUAUCUACGCAUUUCGCAUGGCCUGCCCAUCGAGAGACUGGCCAUAUACCUGAUACCCGUCAAGCCCGCAACUCUCUUGCAGCAUUUUGAUGCCUACGCUCUCAAAAACAUCACCUUGCUAAACGUUGGAUCACAGCGACGUAUCUGGGCUACCAUGACGAAGUUGCAACAUCAAUCGCCUCUGCCACUCACCGGCAUUUACACCGACAACGUGACGCCAGCUCUACUCACCUUCAUCGAGUCUCUUAAAGCAGGCCAACUGGAGGAUCUGUUCCUGCUAGAAAGAUAUCUGCGGAAGAAGGGUAGAGUGCCACAGCUACAAGAUUGUGAUAAGACCACCGUCGAGAUCGACGCUAUUAGGAAGCAGAUCUUGAAGAAGCAUAUGAAAGGCUUUAAGAGAUUGAUGAUUCGCAACGAUGACACCGAAACGUGGGCCAUCAACAACAUCACCAUGCGACUGAUAGCCCGCGAAGGCGUGAAGCUGCGAGAACUCGCCGUUCAGUGUGAUACCAUUUCUUUUCAUACAAUCGUCCGCUCCCUUCCUAACCUCACCGAGCUUUAUGCGCUUCAAAUUAAUUUCAUCCUUGACGCUGGCACACCUCCUAUCUCUAUGACCGGCAUCGCCAUUGCAUCUCAGCACCAUUACGGUGGCACUGUCAUUGAACCGCAUACUUCGGCCUCCGCCACCAUGUUACAUGAACUGCGUCAGUGUGUCAUCGACAGCAUGAGUCAUUGCAAAGAUACGACACAGCUGGAAUGGAUUGGGUUUAGCUGGCUGACCGGAGGUAGACACCAGAACCAUUUAGAUGGCGAGGGGAACCCGUAUGUGUUUUUGAGCAAGGUCACCAGGGAAGUGGAAGUGGAUAGUGAGGAUGAAGAUGAAGAUGGAGGAGCUCAGGCGAAGAAGCAUGAUGGAACGGCAGAGGGUGAAGUGAAGACGGAGGCAGAUCUGCCUAUCGCGUUCUGGGCCGAAAACGAUCUGAAUAUCAGUGAGGUUCAGGGUGUCAGGAUGUGGGAUAAGGAGAUUUGGGCAGGCAGACUAUGA